AUGGCGUCAGAUGGAGUAGAAGAUAGCUCUCCGCCUGCCGAAGUGGCAUCAAUCGCCUCCCCAAUCAAUCUCAUUUUAUUCUCCCUCUUCAUCAUUGUGAUUUAUAUGCAGUUCAAACCAAAGAAGCCUGUGACAUUACCAACAGCCCCACCACCAACCGUCUUUCGCACCUUCUCACCUACUGAUCUCCUACCGUUCAACGGAAAAAACGGAGCUCCUGUUUACCUUGCAGUUCGAGGACGCGUUUUUGACGUUACUCCGGGCAGGAAUUUUUACGGACCAGGCGGACCAUAUGAGAACUUCGCCGGUCGAGAUGCUACUCGUGGAUUAGCCUGCCAGAGUUUUGAUGAGGAGAUGCUUACCAAAGAUCUCAAAGGACCACUAGAUGAUUUGAAAGGACUGGGACAAGAGGAACUUGAGAACCUGAGAGGGUGGGAGGAACGGUUUUUAGAGAAGUAUCUUGUCGUUGGGAAGCUGGUCGCUGAAGGUGAUCCCGCUCUAAAAGAAUGA